AUGCUUCCGAACGAAAUCGAUCCGUACGAGUUCAAGUUUUUUGGGAAGGACAUGCUUCCACUAUCGGACACACACAAUCUGUUUAGAAGCUCUCGAUUUCUGAAGAAUAACAGCGUCGUGAAGGCUAUAUCAAAGACAAACCAAGGACUCGUCAUGAUGGUUCGUAAUCCAGCAGGAUCAGUUAUAUACACGCCAGAAAGCAAGAUAACAUACAAGUCGAAGAGCAAGAAAGCCAAUUUGAAGAACGUUGCAAGAAGAUUCUUGAAUGCAAGGAUCAUUGAUUUUGCAAUACUGCGAUUUGGAAACUUUCACUGCUGUCUAUCAAGAUGGGACAAGGAUAUAUGCAGCUUUUGUGUCGUAGCAUGCAUCAACGGCCAAACAUCUGAGAAUAUGUUGUUGAAUCCGCCUGUGAUAUUGGGAGCGGUUGUGGAGAAUUCGUGUGUUUCAGAUGAUGCGCCAUUCAGAUUCAAAGAUUUUGCUCAAUAUGGAAAGCUGCUUGGAUCGGAUGAGGACAGUGAUAAGCCCUGGAAGACGAAAACCAGUAGAAAUGCAGUGUUAUCGCCUAGACUGAAUGAUGUAAAGGUGAAUCAGAUUGAUGGCUUUCCAAAAAAAGACAUCUAUUCGCUGAGGCAUGACAUGAAUGAAAGUGCUUAUGAUGGAAUCAACGAGAUUGGCAUGAACAUUAGCGAUAGCUGCAUGAUAGAUAUGAUGUCUAGCGUUUCAGAGGUUGAAGCAGAGAAUCUUCAUUCUAGGCCAUACAAAGACGUAAAAGAUGGAGAAGGAGUAUUUGACUACGUAAUAUCAAAGAUAAAGAAGCUUUUCUGCAAUAGUGAAAAUAACAAUGCGAGCACAAUGAGUGUACAGACCAUCAAGCCAUGGAUUGUUAUCGAAGAGGAUGGAAUAAAAGAAUCCUUUAUCGAAAGUCGUGCUGUAGACUCAAGGCUGGACUGCUUGCCCAAGAAGGAAAGAAUUUCUAAAAAGGCAAAUUCUAAAAGCACAAUAAAGUUUGGAACAAUCAAUGAAGGAAGCUUGUAUUGCGUGCAAAAGACAGUGGGAUAUCUGUCUAUGGCAAACUUUGAUCGGCUAGAAGCUUUCAUCUUUGGUAUAAUCAAGCACAUGAAGAAAAGCAAUGUCAAUUACGUAGAAGUACGCUCAGAGAUUGAUUUCUUUAUUGUUAACAAAAAAGGAUAUACAUACAUAUAUGCUAGAGACAUGCUUCACAGGAUGGAGAACGAGUAUCUCCAGAAAUUUAGCAUCCUGUUCAAGAGGUUGGAGCUUGAGGUCAUAUAG